CCCCCCCCCCCCCCCCUUAAAAAUGGUGGUGCCUUGGCUAGCUUUUGCACCUUGAAUAUUUCGGGCACUUGUAAACUAGAUCCAUCAAGGUUUAAGCAGAUGGAACGAAAUCUCCUAAAUCUAGAUUUGAACCUAGUCUCCUAUGGUUUAUGUCCCACCGAUAGGACACACCCUCGGUUAAGGAAAAGAAUAAAACAGACCCAAGGCAAAAGUACUUAAAGAAGAAUCGAAAAUCUUCCUUCACUGAAAAACUUAGAUUACUAUUGGUGUUGUAUGAUGCCUCCUAAAAUUACUGAUCUACCUGAGAAUGCUAUCAAUGCCAUUCUGAUGUGUUUGCCUUUGCGAGAUGCCGUGAGGACAAGCAUCUUAUCAAAGAAAUGGAGGUACAAGUGGUGCAAACUUCCAGAGUUGACCCUUGAUGAUAAACUUUGGAAGACGACAGAUAACUUACUAUCCCCUUCUAUUAAGUUUACAACCAUUAUGUACAACAUUUUGACCCUUCAUUCAGGACCACUUACUAAGUUUACCCUCUCUAUGUCUGAACUGAAAAAGUAUCCAAAGAUCGGCAGCUUGAUACAUUUCCUCUCUAGGAAUGGCAUUCAGCAUCUUGUUCUUAAAUUUUCAGAGUGGAACCGAUACAAACUGCCUUCUUCAUUAUUCACGUGUUCGCAGUUGAGGCAUUUGACCCUCCAAAAUUGUCUAAUAUGUCCUUCACCAGCCUUCGAAGGUUUCGAUAUGUUAAUUAGUCUGGAACUGUGUCAUGUCUCAAUUUCUUCCGAAGCACUAGAAAAUUUAAUCUCUUCAAGCCCAUUACUUGAGAAUUUAGUGCUGAAAAUGUCAGAUACUUUGAACCACAUCCAAAUUAAAGCUCCCAAGUUGAGGUCCUUCGAGUUCACAGGCUGUAUAAAAUUUAUCUCCUUAAAAAACGUUCCGCAACUUGCUAAACUCUGUCUUUUGUAUGGAGAAUCUUUUGAGGAAUCAGAAAAAUGUGAUCUUGACAAUUUUUUUCAGUCACAUCCUGCUCUUGAGCAUCUCCACUUGGAAUAUGGAAGUUCCCAGUUCUUGGUUGCUGAAGUACCAACAAGGCUUUCCUCUGCUCUUAACUAUCUUAAACAUCUUUACGUAUCUAUGGAUGAAUUAGAUGAUCUUUCCUGCGCUCUUUACUUGAUACGAAGCUCCCCAUGUUUACAAGAUCUUGAAGUGGAGGUAUCUAUGGAAGAAUCGGAUUACAAGGAUGACAUAGUUGACGAAGUUUCUGCAAGCUUCUCAGAUGUAGGAUUGAAUCAAGUUAAGACGGUUAAGAUUGCAGGAAUAAUUGGCACCAAGCUUGAAAUGGAGCUUAUCAAGCUUCUAUUGGCCAAAUCUCCGAUGCUGGUGAGAAUGAUCAUCCAGCCCGAACAAUUAUGGGUAGACAAAGAAAAAGGUGUCAAGAUACUUGCAGAGUUAUCAACAUUUCAGCGGGCAUCACGUAAAGCUGAAGUUGAAUGUCACCUAGAAUGAGUCAGGAUGUAGUAGUAUAUGCUUGUUUUUGCCUAAGUUAUCUACACAGUGGUUGUUUAUUUUCAAUGUUAUCUGGGGUGUGUUGGUUCUCUACUUUUUGUGUAAUGACUCAGUUUCGGAUAGUUUACAUAGGUUUGUUAGCCAUCAUAGUGCGAUUACGCGCCUUCUGCUCCUAGUACUCAGAUUUGUGUGAACUUAAUAUCAUUAAUGUUUCUUUCAGAGCAAAAAAGGGGACCUAGGAAAUGCACAUCUCAUGCUCCAUUGUUGAAGACUUUUAACAUUGCUUUUCCAUUAAAUCUAGUGUUAUGCAGCUUCUUCAGUA